GGCUGUUUUGCAGCACAUGUUAAUCAGAAGCUGGUCUGAUCACUGCCUCUCUGUUCAAAUAACAAGGAGAGAUUUUCAUUGUGCAGCAAACUCCAUUUUCUCUGCUAAAAACGUGUCACAGGACAAUAAACCAUAUUUACAUUCAAGGGACCGCAAGAGGUGGGAGGAUGCAGACGGGGGGAGGGGUCUUCCUCCCACCCCUCACCCCGCAAAUGCCCGCCGCCUCCUCCCCUCCUCUAGACGUUUGGCAAACCCGGGCCAAGCACAGGGCGUGGCGCCCGCUUUGCUCAACAGCUCGUACCGCAUUGCUUGCUGUAACAUGCCAGGCAGGGAGGGGAGGGGUAAGGGGGAGAGGGAGAAUCACACUGGAUGACAUCACAGAAACGGCGUCCAGCCCCUCCCGAGAACCACACCCGAGCGAGGGUCGUUGCAAGGAGAGGCGCCACCGCUGCAGCUGGCAGAGAGAAAAGCGCCAGGCUGAGCAAAUCGGGGUGGGGCAUAAGCGGUCCAUUGCAACAGCUCUGCAGCGUCCCCGGCUCCUCUCGGGAGAGUUUGAGAAAAGCUUUUGUGUCUUCCCGAGUCCAACCCACACACACAAUCACACACAGAGAGAUUUCCUCCACGGCACUCGGACCUCGGUUGGCAAGCGGGCAGAAGCACCGAGCGGAAAGCGGGCGAGGCGACCAUUCCUGGCCCUCUGCGCCCCCCAAAGAGACCUGCCAGUUCCAGCUUUCCCAUCCUGCUCGCCAGAGAAAACAGGAGCAAGAGGAACAUCAGCAGUGUCCACUUCAGCUCCCCAGCCACUCCCGGCCAAGGGAGAGGCAGGCUCUUAUCAGACUUGCAGCUGUCCGGCCAUCGGUUGUAAAAUCAGAAGUCAGCAUCAAAACCAUUUAAAGACCAACUCUACGCUAAAAUGAGGGAAAAAACCGAAGCUCACCAGCAAGAGAAACUGUUUUCACCAACACAGGAAGUUCCCACUGCUGCUUAUAAUCCAGACCGUGAUUGUUCAACAGAGUAUAUAAAGAUUCACCGGUCAAAACCACCUGAGGACAGUAUUUGGCAGCCAGUUUUUCAGCAUUUGGGUCAGUGCUAAUGUCCUUUUUUAAAAAAAAUGGAAAUGAUGAGAUAAUAAAUUGUAAAUUAGGUUGAACAAAAUGACAUGAUUACCCUAUUAAAGUUGAAGAAUUAACUAAUGUCCCUGAAGUAUUUUUAGCACACGAUAAAAUUGGGCAAACAUGACUAUUUAUCUAUCUUGGCCUUAAGAAUCAACAUAAUUAGGCAAACAUGACUAUUUAUGUAACUUGCCCUUAAGAAUCAACAGCUCCUUUGUUCAGGCUUGAUUUGGAGUUAGUCAAGUCUGCAUCCUGCCCGCUUUCUACAAAUACCUCACUCUUACCUAUACAUGUGUGGGUGUGUUCAUGUGUGCUUAGAGUUAAGAUAUCUUAAAUCGUAGAGCUUGCUAAUGAUAUCAUUUCACCAUGGAACAAUGCUUAUGUUUAUUACUCGUUGCCCAAAUAUCUCUCGGAAUUGUCCCUAAACUGGAUUUGCAGCAGUUGUUUUAGAGUACAGAACGUAAUAUAAUGAUGAAGACAUUUUUCUUCUAAACUAAAACAAUGGCAAACUCUGAUUAUUGCUAAAGGUAGGACAUUUCUGAGUUGGGUUGAACUCAAUUUAAAACAAAAUUUAAUCCAUUCUAAAACGAACCAACGGCAAAUGUUGGCUUGGUCCAAAGUUAUAAUUUCUGCCUUGUCUAUAAUAAAAAGUGAAGAAGCUGAAGCCUACUGUAUUUUUCGGAGUAUAAGACACACCUUUUCCCCCAAAAAAUGAGGGUGAAAAUCUAGAUGCAUCUUAUACUCCGAAUGUAGCGCCACCCAGCUUCUCAAAUGGAGGUGUCAGAGACUGAAAAAAAGCAUCAGAAACGAAGCUUCAGAAAAGAAGCCCCCAAACAGAGGCUUUUUUUCUGAAGCUCUUUCGGAGGCUUUCAAGAGGCAGAAAAAAAAAACCAAAAAAAAAAACACCCCCAAACCCAC